CAGACCGGACAGUUAUAACCUUAACGUCCUUAACAGUUAACAGUUAACUGGCCGGUAGUAUUGUUGUCGUCAUAUUUUUCGCGUAUAUACAUAUUAUUACCUCAGACCUCCUACUAGUCUUACUAUUAAUUAUACUACUUAAUUAUAAUAAUAAUAUCAUCGGCUUGUAUUAUUAAUUGUAAAUUGUAAUUAAUUAUUCAUUUUAUGACACAAUUAUGUUAAAUUAAAAAAUAAUGUGAACUCAUUUUCAAUCAUAUUAUUAUUUUACCGAUUACUAUACUUUACUUCUCUAUAUCCGAUUGUUUUUUUUUAAUAUAACAUAUAACCACUUACGUAUUAUGAUCUAGUAGGUAGUCGUUAUUGAAUUGAAGUGUAUAGGAGGUACUUGCCUACAGUUUAUGUAGUUUAAUUCUUUAAUCAUCCUCAAUCGUACCCGUCGCAGUCGCCUACAAUACUCAUGGGGUUUUUGAGUUUCAUCGGGCUCAUUGUAGUGUUAAAGUUUCUUGUGUAUUUUGUGUUGUUCUUUACCAGUGAUACAGAUUUGGAACUUUGGUUUUAUGACAAGUUCAAGAGAAAUCUCGAUUCGUUUAAAGACAAGGUAGUUUGGAUUACUGGUGCUUCUAGUGGAAUUGGUGAACACAUUGCGUUAAACCUUUCUAAACAUGGCGCCAAACUUGUUUUGUCUGCUAGAAAUAAAGACAAAUUAUAUCAAGUUAAAAAUCGUUGUAUUGAACUUAGUGAAGGGAAGUUAACUGCUAAAGAUAUACUUGUAUUACCAAUGGAUGUCACUGAUGUAUCCAAACACAAUUCAUUGUUUGAUAACGUUAUUAACCAUUUCGGCAAACUUGAUAUACUUGUAAAUAAUGCGGGUCGUUCACAACGAGCUGUGUGGGAAGAUAUUGAACUUGGAGUCGAUCAAGAAUUAUUUGAUUUAAAUGUAUUUCCUGUUAUAAAUCUAUCAAGAAUUGCUGUGAGAUAUUUUAAUCAAGUCGGACAUGGUCAAUUAGUGGCCACUUCUAGCAUUGCAGGAAUUAUACCAGCUCCAUUUUCUGCAACCUAUGAUGCAACUAAACAUGCUCUUCAUGGCUAUCUUGGAGCUUUACGUCUAGAAAAAUUGAACACUAAUAUUCACAUUACUCUAUUAUGUCCGGGUCCUGUUUUUACCAAUUUUCUUAAAGAAAGUUUUACAGGUCAACCAGGAGAAAAAUAUGGAUUAACACAUUCACCAACCGACAACAGAAUGAGUGCUGAAAGAUGUGCACAUUUGUCAUGUGUGGCAAUAGCAAAUAAAUUAAAAGAAUCAUGGAUGGCAAAGUUUCCGUUUAUUCUAAUUGUAUAUUUUGCAAUGUACUAUCCAGUGAUAUCAUACAAAUUUUAUGAACUCUACGGCUACAAAACCAUUAAUAAAUUGCGAGACAAUCGAUGAGUACAAUUAUAAUUCAAAACUUGAAGAUAUCAAUGUGUUUUAUUUCAAUUAAUAUUUAUUAAUUUAAUCAUAUUUUAACAACUUUAAAUAUAAAUACAUUUUUAUGUUACA